AUGGAUCAGGUACGCAAUGAGAAGGGCGAUGUCCUGGAUAGCUUGAAUCCGCAAAAGUUCACCUCUCAGAUCCCAGUUUCUACAAUUGGGAAGCGACGGAAUACCACAAAUAUAGGACUCACUGAUAUGAUUCAGAAGAGUAUGGAGAAGAAUGCUGCAGCCAACGUUAAGAGGAGACAUAGAUCUACUGUACUGAGCGAGGAGCCCUCAGCAAGUUUUAGGCUUUCACAGAGGUUCUCAUCUUUCCCUCACGCGAAUAGCUCCAGCACAACCACCAAGAAUAGCCUUUCAAGUAGAGAUCCACGUCCUCUAAGGGACAGGAAUUUCCAGAAUGCGGUGCAGGAGGAGAUCUUUGAUUACUUGACGCGGAACAAGUUCGAUCUUGAAAUGAACCACCCGAUCUCAUUAAAAUUCUUAAAAUUGCCCACACAAAAAGGCUUCGUGCUGAUUUUUAAAUGGUUGUAUCUGAGGCUGGAUCCCGGUUACAACUUUACAAAGUCUAUUGAGCAUGAAGUAUAUCAGAUUUUGAAGAAUUUGCAAUACCCGUAUCUGGAGACGAUCAACAAGUCACAAAUCUCAGCAGUAGGAGGCUCUUCAUGGCCAAGGUUCCUAGGAAUGUUACAUUGGCUUGUCAAGAUAAAUGUGAAGCUUGAUCAGUCUUUACAAGAAUUGGAUCAAAACCUUUUUAAUGACAACACACAAGAGCUGACAAUUCUCAAUCACCCGUUAGAUACUCUAGAUGAGCAGGACCAAAAGCAGGAAAAGUAUGAGCUAAUGGUUGAGAGGUUAUUCAUCGAAUACGUCAUGGAAUCAUACCGGAGUUUCCUUCGAUUGGAAGAUAAUUAUGAUUCGUAUAUGGAACAACUAGAAGCUGGUUUCAUGAAAUUUACGCAUAUCAUUAAGACUGAUAUAAAACGAAUGGGAGACAAUAACGAUGAAAUAAUGGUAAGAUGCGAGAAUAAGGCCAAGAGGAGUAAGAAUCUCGCUCUGGCCGUUCAAAAAUGCAAGGCUUUGAAAAGUGAUCUUACCAAAUUUCAAAACUACGUAAACACCAUGGACCAUAAAAGUAAUGAAUGGCCAAAAAAGUUGGAGAAAAUGCGUUUUGAAUCAUCGGCCAAGAUGCAGCAAAUAUCAGAUUUAGAGAAAAAAGUGAAGGAAUUGCAAGAAUCCUUGAAAAUUAGAGGUGUUUCUAUCGAGCUCAUAGACGAAAAGAGCACGCAGAGGGACAACAUUGCGAACGAACUAGAUCUGGUGACGAGCAAAGUAGAUCAAUUGGUCGCAGUGUUGAAAUCAGAUAAAUUUGAAAAGGAUGGCAUAUUAAGAAAUAUGAUCGAAACUGUACGACAAUAUAACACAGCGAUUGAGAAUUUAGUCAGUUUGCGAGCGAAGCUCGGGCACAAUGUUGACGAGUCUUUGCUAAAGGUUUCCUUAUCAGACGAAGAAUUGCAGAAGGAAGAUAAAGGAAUAGCUUAUGAAAGCAUAUUCUCAAGCAAUCAUAAUACCGCAGAGAAAGCGCAGCAAGAGCUAUCCAAAUUAUACAAGGAGAUUCAAGAACGAGUCAAAAACUGUCAAAUGGAAAACUCUACAAUUGAAGCAAAGGUAGUAGAUCUGCAAAGGGAAAUUCGCGAAAAGACAAAUGCCAUUGAAAGAUUAGAGUUACAACUCUCGGAUGCGAAAUCAAACUAUGAGCUAAAGCUGCAAGAGAAUGAAAGCAGCCUUUUGUCACAGAAAAUUGAGAUUGAAAAGCUGGAGAAAAAGAUAAGUGACUCUAGCAGGCUCACAAAAGAGAGGCUCGCUGAAGCUGAGCAACUGGUACAGGUGACUAAGAUUAAACAUGAAGAAUUGCUGCUGGACAUAAAUCGCAAGAGGGUUUCACUGCAUGCUCAGGUGAUUGAAAUAAUCGAGUAUGCAAGCAAUUUCAAAAUUAAUAUUCAAGCGGUAUUAGAGAAAACGGAAGGAAGGAUUACUGAACAACUAGAGUCCUUAUAG